AAAGCGAAGCUGAGGAAACCCUAGCUAACGUAACCAGCCCACGUUCUCCUCUACUAUUCUCUGUCCGUCUGUUUUGCUGUAAACCAUGGGGCGCGUCCGUACCAAGACGGUGAAGAAAUCCUCAAGGCAAGUGAUUGAACGUUACUACUCACGUAUGACUCUGGACUUCCAUACAAAUAAGAAGGUCCUUGAAGAAGUUGCCAUCAUUCCCUCCAAGCGUCUUCGCAACAAGAUCGCUGGAUUCUCCACUCAUUUGAUGAAGCGGAUUCAAAAGGGUCCCGUCAGAGGCAUCUCCCUUAAGCUCCAAGAAGAAGAGCGCGAGCGUCGCAUGGACUUCGUGCCUGACGUCUCCGCCAUCAACACUGAUGAGAUUCCUGUCGACAAGGAGACUCUUGAUAUGCUUGCUAUGCUAGGGAUGAAUGAUCUUCCGGGUGUGGUCAAGGCGGAGCCCGUUGUGGUUUCUUCUCAGCCUGCUUUUGGCCGGAGUAUUCUAGAUAGGAAGAGGUAUUGAUGGAGGCUAAUCGUAACAAUUUUGGGUUAUUUAUUAUGGGUAUUUUUAGUUUUUGUUUACGAAGGGGAAUUGCAUUUUGAUUGGAAUUUGCUAUUUGAACAGUCUGUUGAUCGGAAUGUUCUAUUUGAACGGUCUGUUCUAUUGGAAUGUUCUAUUUAUUAUGGCUAUCAUUGAUGUUUAUUGUUA